AUGGGCAAGCGGAAAUCGUCGCGGAAGCCGCAAGGAUCCAAGAAGCGGGAGCCUUUGGAGACUCAAUUCACUUGUUUGUUCUGCAACCAUCCGAAAGCGGUGACCUGCAAGAUAGACACUACCGCUCGCAUCGGUUACCUCAAGUGCAAGGUCUGCGGCCAGGAAUGGAGCCAUGAUACUGACGCUCUGAGCGAGCCGAUUGACGUGUACUCUCUAUGGAUCGAUGCAUGUGAAGAAGUCAACAAGGAGAAUUGA